GACCCCGCCUUCCUCCUCAUCGUGGUGUGUCUAAGCGGUUUGGUUGUGUCCCCGGUCUGGCACGUUCCUGGCUAAAUCUUCUACAGUGUAAAAUUGGCCCCCCCUCUAAUUUAACCAGGCCCUAAAACGAACCCCUUUAAUUUAUCAUAUUUGCCACUUAAUCCCCGCUCUGUAGACACCUAAAAAUCUGCACCAGACACCUCGGACUGGAAGAUGGCGGUGGUAAGCGGGAUGUUGGGGUCGGCUAUAGCCCGGCUGGAGGGCCGAGAGUUCGAGUAUCUGAUGAAGAAAAGGUCGGUGACCAUCGGCCGGAACUCUUCCCAGGGCUCAGUGGACGUCAGCAUGGGCCACUCGAGCUUCAUAUCCCGGCGGCACCUCGAAAUCUUCACGGCCGGGGAGGAUGGCUCAGGCACGAGGGAGUUCUACCUCCGAUGCCUCGGAAAAAACGGGGUGUUUGUUGAUGGGGUGUUCCAGAGAAGAGGGGCUCCUCCUCUUCAGCUUCCACGAAUGUGUUGUUUCCGCUUCCCCAGCACAAGUAUAAAGAUCACUUUCACAGCCCUGUCAAAUGACAAGAAGGAGCCAAGGAACGUGCCGGAAUCACCGGUCAAACCCGUCCAGCCCCAAAUUUCGCCGCUAACCAUCAACAUUCCUGACAACAUUGCCCACCUCAUGAGCCCUCUGCCCUCGCCCACCGGCACCAUCAGCGCUGCAAACUCGUGUCCAUCAAGUCCCAGGGGGGCGGGACUCUCCAGCUACAGAACGAGUCGCGUUCUCACCUCAGAAAUCAUAGGAGACAACUCGCAAUCAGAAAACGAUAAGGAGGCCUCAGGUGAAGACAGCCCAAAGGAUGACUCCAAACCUCCGUACUCCUAUGCACAGCUAAUAGUCCAAGCUAUCACCAUGGCUCCAGAUAAACAGUUAACACUGAAUGGAAUAUACACCCACAUCACCAAGAACUACCCCUACUACAGAACGGCUGAUAAAGGCUGGCAGAACUCGAUCCGCCACAACCUGUCGCUGAACCGGUACUUCAUCAAAGUUGCCAGGUCCCAGGAAGAACCCGGCAAAGGUUCAUUCUGGAGGAUCGACCCCGCCUCAGAGGGCAAGCUGAUAGAGCAAGCCUUCAGAAAGCGCAGGCCCAGGGGAGUGCCCUGCUUCCGGACCCCAGUGGGGCCCCUCUCCUCCAGGAGCGCCCCUGCCUCUCCCAACCACAUGGGGGUGCUGUCUGCCCACUCUAGCGGGGUCCAGACCCCAGACAGCCUAUCUAGAGAAGGGUCCCCAGUCCCCAUGGAGCCAGAGGCCCCCCCCGCCCCCCCUGCUCAGGCAGUCCAACCCAAACUGGCUGUUAUCCAGGAGGCUCGCUUUACCCAGAAUUCUCCAGGCUCCCCCCUCAGCAGCCAGCCUGUCCUAAUCGCCGUGCAGCGCCAGAUGCCUCAAACCACCAUGAAGCCUGUGACCUACACCAUGGCAACCACAGCCAUGGUAACAACAUCAGUAAGCUCUUCCCCUGUCAUGCAGACGGUGCACUUGGUCCACCAGAUCCCGGCUGUCACCAUGGCGACCGUCGGAGGGCAGCCUGCCUCGACAGAGAGCCUGGAGCCUCAAGAGAACGGAGGAGGAGAGCACCAGGAGAUCAAAGUCAAAGUGGAGCCGGUGCCGUCCAUCAGCGCCUCUUCUAUAGGUGGAGUCGGCCGCAUCAUGCAGAGCUCCCAGGCUGCUCCUCUGACCACCGUCACCAUCGUUCAACAAGCCCCGCUUGGCCAGCACCAGCUUCCUAUAAAGGCUAUAACGCAAAAUGGGACUCACCUGGUGCCCAUCAGCACUGCUGCUAGUUCAGCAAACCCUCUCCAUCUCCUGGCAACACACGCGUCCGCCUCAGCCUCCCUCCCCACCAAGAGGCAGAAUGGAGAGCUGCAGGAUCAGCCCGAGUCGAAGAGGAUGAAAACCGAGGAGGAGAACAACAACGUCGGCAACAACGGCACCACACACAGCACCGGAGAGGCUGACGACAAGUAGCCUCCUGAUCCCUAACCCAGCUCUGCCGGGCCUCCAUCCUUUCAUCCGUCCAUCCCGCCCUCCGUCGCCACCCCCCAGGUGCCAAAAAAAUAGCACUGACGAUUGUGCAAACCCUCCCUAUCUGCCACGUAUUUAAUAGCAGAAAACUCAAUGCAAAAACUAGAGACCAAACUGAAAGUGAAAAAGAAGCGUAGCUGAUGACUGUGAAACACCCCCGCCCCACCCCCACCCACCUUCUAAGUUUGAGAUCCAGAAAGCAAGAAGAAACCAAGAUGGAAGUAAGGAAAGUUCAGAACAAAAUAUUAUCUGUGCAACUUCCCCCAAAGACGAACAGGAGUCUCCUCCAGGUAGCAUUACGGACAAGUAUUAACCCAGAAAUGACAUCAUCAGUAGGCAGGCUUGUGGACGUGUGCACAUUCCCAUCUCCGGCAGCUAGCCUCCACGUCGACCUACCUAACCGAGUCACGAGUAGAAAUGCAGUAUUCCGUUGUAUCUUUGGCUCUUUAUGGAGUGUUAGUCCGUUUUCCAAGGCACAGAUGCUGUCUAGUAAUAAUCCAGAGCAGGAAGCUCUUUAAGAACAUCCAAACAUCUCGACACGGUAUUCCGGGAACCUUUUUGUUGCUGUUUUUGUACGUGGACUGUUCGGUGACAUGAAUGUAGUCUUACUUUUUUUGUUAAGUUUCUUUUCUUUUUUUUUCCUUUAAAGAAAAAAACACUAUGGAGUGGAUUCUCUGCAGUUUCUGCAAAUGAAACGUGGUUCUCGCUGUACAUCAACAGAUCUUUGUCAUAUUUUCCAGAUAUCCUAUGAAUUAAAAAAAGAAAAAGUAUAUUCCCGUGUGUAUUUGAGCAUACGUGUCAUUGAGCUUGCAUGUAACAGAUGUAGAAACAAAAAGUACCAGAGCUGAUAAUCUGAAAUAUGGAACUGAAGAAAAACUUCGACUGAAUCUAACGCUGUACGAUUCUGACCUGUGCUGCACUUAACCUCUUAAAUUUAUUAUUUUUUUCCAUCGUUUCAUAUUUGUAUUUGCUCACUUUGUUUUUUCCCUGUCAUCGUCGGCUGUGUUUGUUUUUUUGGGGUUCAUUUGUCUUUUUUUUUUUUUUUAUUUCAGGUGACAAAAGUAAAGCUUUUCAGCUUGUGUUCUAUGUUCUAUGAGCAAAAACAAGUGAUAGGUGUUUGUUCUGCUUCAGUGGAGAAAUGCUUUUUUUUAUAAAUUUAUUUAAACACA